AUGCUUGGUCGACUUGUUGGCCAAUAUACACCAAGGCCUGGCCGGAGAUUUGGCGGCGAACCUCCGCGCUACAUAAACCGCAAUGGUGGUCCUGCCGAAUCGACGGCGUUUGGUUGCGUUGGUAAGGUCAACGCUGGAUCUGCAGCUUUUGUCAACGGCACUCUCGCCCACUCCCCAAUACGAGACGAUAUGCAUCUUCCUUCUGUGGCUCACCUGGGCUCAAUGGUUGUGACAGCGGCUUUGGCGUUAGCAGAGCGCGAAGACUGGUCCGGAGAACAGCUGUUACGGGCGAUAGUUGGCGGAUAUGAGAUGGGUGCGGCACUUGGGACGGCUAUCCACUCCAGUGGGAAGGUCAACACCCAUCUCCGGUCGAGUGGACUUAUUGGAGCCUUUGCUGCCGUGAGUGCAGCUGUGUGCGGGAGUCCACCCGAAGAGGAUACGGUCGUCAGUGCGUUCUGUAUUGCUGUGAAUCAAGCAUGUGGGUUCAAUCAGUGGGCGUGGUCUGGUGGGUCGGAGUUGCCACUUCAGAACGGCAUGGCUGCAAGGGCUGGUGUGUUUGCCUAUGAUCUUGCUCUGACAGGUGUUCGAGCAAGCGAGACCAUCUUGGAAGGACAAGCAGGCUUCUUCGAGGCUGUGGGCGUCGGCUUGGACGGAGCUGACGCCUUUCGUCGCUGGCUACAGAGACCCAUGCUUGGGAGUGGUAUCCUAGAGGUCAAGUUCAAGCCGAUGGGCUGCUGUAACUUCACACAGACAUCAACGGCCAUGGCUCUGAAGCUGGCGAAAGGCUCAAGUAUCGUUGCGGAUGACAUUAAGCAGAUUGUUGUCACAACGACUUCGCCAGCAAUUCGCUACCCUGGAUGUGACAACUCCGGCGUCAUGAAGACCGUCGUCCAUGGGAAGCUGUCAAUCCAGUAUGGCGUUUGUGCUGCAUUGGUGCUUCGACAACUUGAUGAGACCGCUUGGUACCCAGCAGGUCAGGCUGACAUCACUGGACUUAUGACCAAAUGCCAACUGGUCGCAUUGCCGAAGUUCGACGAAGCAUUCCGGUAA